AAGUUGUAUGUAAACAAACGGGUUUCGUAUUCUAAACAGGUGUUAACAUUAUUAAUGCGCUUAUUUUGAUGAAUUUAGAGGAAUGUAGCUGACAGAUAGAGAUGGGGGACAAUCAGUGGGAGGAUGGCGGUAGAGGAGGAGACUCGAACUGGAUGUCUCGUCUCCCGGAGGAGCUGCUGGACGUCCCGCUGUGGAACCUGGCCAUUCCCGGAAGCCAUGACAGCAUGUCCUUCUGUCUGGAUCUAUCCUCCCCGGUGCUCGGAUCGGAGCCCUUCCUCCUCAGACUGACCGACCGACUCCUGCCCUGCUGGAUCCGGCCCUGCGUUUACCGCUGGUCCACCACCCAGCAAUCUGUCCUCUGGUAUCAAUGUGAGCUCGGUGUUCGCUUUUUGGACCUGCGGAUCGCCAAGAAGCCAGCAGGGGGCAGCACGUUGUUCUUCGCUCAUGGAAUCUACACCCUGGUGACCGUCACGGAGGCUCUGGAGGAACUGGCGUUGUGGCUGGAUGCUCACCCCAAAGAGAUCAUCAUCAUCUCCUGCUCACACUUUGAGUCUCUGACCGAUGAGGAUCACGUCCAGCUGGUGGAGUUCAUCAUCUCUCUCUUUGGCAGGAAACUCUGCCUCCCACAGGAUAUUCCUACGUUGCGUUCCUGUUGGUCUAGAGGUCAGCAGUUGAUCGUCUCCUAUGAUAACCAGCAGAUGGAGCGGAAGUACCCUGUGCUGUGGCCAACGAUACCUUACUGGUACGCUGACAGCCCAGAUCCAAACAAAGUCAUAUCUUAUCUGGAGGAGCAGCAACGCCAUGGAAGGCCAGAUGGUUUUUAUGUCAGUGGUCUGAACCUGACUGAAGACAUUCUCUACGUCCUCCUCCAUCCCCUCGAAAACCUGAGGAAGAUGACGACCAAGGGUCUCUCACCGCUGCUCCACUGGACGGCAAAACAAUGUCCAGGCCCAGGAGGGGGCGGAGUAAACAUUGUGUGCUGCGACUUCGUUAGCGUCAGUCGGUUCUGUUCGAUUGUGAUCAGCCUGAACUUCAAACUGCUGGAAUCUGCAAUCAGGACUCCUUCUGUUACCCAGUUACCACCAGUGUUAAGCCCUGAACUGGAUCUUCUGGGUUAACUAGGAACAUUAGGACCUCUACAUGGAUGCUAUUACAAUCCAAACAGCUUUAAGCACUGUGAUCUCUUAUUUUUG